AUGAAGAGGAACAAUUUAUCUGUUGUGAAUAAAAUUGUCUGGUCUUCACCAGCUGUGAAACAACCAAAAGUUGGGUUCUACUCUUCUCUCAACCACACCCAUACGCACACUGUCUUUCUAGACUGGUGGAGUUUGCCUCACCAUGUAGUAUUACGCAUUUUUCAGUAUCUUCCUUUAAUAGUUCGGGCCUGGGCGUCGUCAGUAUGUAGGAAAUGGAAUGAAGUUUUUCAUAUUCCUGACCUUUGGAGAAAGUUUGAAUUUGAACUGAACCAAUCAGCGACUUCAUAUUUUAAGUCCACCCAUCCCGAUCUCAUUCAGCAGAUCAUUAAAAGGCAUGCUACCCAUCUCCAGUAUGUCAGCUUUAAGGUGGAUAGUAGUACUGAAUCAGCGGAAGCUGCCUGUGAUAUACUUUCUUAGCUGGUAAAUUGUUCUAUCCAGGCCUUGGGCUUGAUUUCAAUGGCCAAGCCAAGUUUUAUGAAUGUGUCAAAGUCCCAUUUUGUGUCAGCACUUACAGUUGUCUUUGUCAACUCAAAAUCAUUAUCAUCGAUCAAAAUUGAAGACACACCAGUGGAUGAUCUUUCAUUGAAAAUUCUAGUGGCCAACAAUAGUGAUACUCUAAGACUCCUAAAAAUGAGUAGCUGUCCUCAUGUUUCCUCUGAUGGAAUCCUUUGUGUAGCUGAUCACUGCCAGGGCCUUAGAGAACUGGCAUUGAAUUAUUACAUUCUAAGUGAUGAACUUCUCCUAGCACUUUCAAGUGAAACUCAUGUUAACCUAGAGCAUCUUCGAAUUGAUGCUGUGAGUGAAAAUCCUGGACAAAUUGAAUUUCAUUCUAUUAAAAAACAAAGUUGGGAUGCACUUAUUAAACACUUCCCUGGAGUGGAUGUUGUUAUGUAUUUCUUUUUAUAUGAAGAAUUUGAGGCAUUCUUCAAAGAAGAAACCCCUGUUACUCACCUUUAUUUUGGUCACUCAGUAAGCAAAGCAAUUCUAGGAUGGAUAGGUCUUAACUGUCCACGACUAAUUGAGUUAGUGGUAUGUGCUAAUGGUCUUCACUUUGAUACUGAACUUAUUUGUAUUGCUGAACACUGUAAAAACUUAACAGUCUUGGGCCUCAGUGAAUGUGAAGUUAGCUGCAGUGCAUUCAUUGAAUUUGUAAGACUGUGUGGGAAAAGACUAACCCAGCUCUCUGUAAUGGAAGACGUUUUGAUCCCUGAUGAUGAGUAUAGCCUAGAUAAAGUUCACACUGAAGUCGCCAAACACCUGGGAAGAAUAUGGUUCCCUGAUGUCCUGCCUGUCUGGUAA